UGUCCCCAUAGGUGAUUACAGGGGGGCAUUACGAUGUGGACUGCUACGUGGAAGAUCCCAAUGGCAAGACCCUUUACAAAGAAGCUAAGAAGCAAUACGACAGCUUUUCCCAUCGAGCCGAGGUCGCAGGCGUCUACACAUUUUGCUUCAGCAACGAGUUCUCCACUUUUUCACACAAAACUGUCUACUUUGACUUGCAAGUUGGAGACGAGCCCCCGAUUCUCCCGGACAUGAACCACAGGGUCACCGCCUUGACACAGAUGGAAUCUGCUUGUGUCACCAUUCACGAAGCUUUAAAUACCGUGAUCGACUCCCAGACUCGUUACCGGCUGCGGGAGGCUCAGGACCGGAGCCGGGCUGAAGAGCUGAACAACCACGUCUCCUACUGGUCUGUGGGGGAGACCGUCCUCCUCCUCGUGGUCAGCGUCAGCCAAGUCCUGCUGCUCAAGAGCUUCUUUACGGAGACAAGAGCGACCCCGGGGGCCGUCAGCACCUAGGAAGCCAGAGUCGGUCCUGUGCCGUGGCACCGUGUGCCAGCGGGUUGGGUGGGUGGGGCUGGGCAGGAGAGGAGGGGUGCUCAUGGGUCACACAGUGGAGUGCUGCCGAGGGACCGAGUGGGGCCGGCCCGGCACACCUGGACUGGGAGCUGAAAGGGAUUUAUGGGAAAGUCACCCAAGCAGCAGUUCUGACGGAGUGAACGCUGUUAAUAGCCGGCAGCCUCUCUCUGGGGGCCCCGGGAAGCAAUGGGGGUGCAGGGGUUAGGGGCUCUCUGUGCAGCGGAGCUGUGACUUAGGCCAGGGAAGAUUAGCGCCGGUUUCACUGCAAUGGUUUGACUCUUGUUUGUAACCCUGUUGCAUCUUCACUGCGAGGUGUAACCACACCAUGCAGCCCGAGGAUCUACCCCAGAGCCCACGUGGGGUCACCUGCUCCCAGCACAGAGCAGAGGCCCAGGCCAGCAUGGGGGAGCGUGUCACAAAGGGGCGCCGGACGUUUCCCGGUGCACAGACAAGCUGAACUGCCGUAGUUCACCUGAGCUGCAGUCUGUGCUCACCGAGGUGGGCGGCGUGGUCAGGACCGAGGUAGGAGUCAGAGCAACCCCACUCACCCUACGGUGUGCCCAAACAUCUGCUUUUCGUCAGGCAGCCCCCUCAGCCCAGGCCAGAGCACGCUACGUGAGCUGUGGGUCCUGCUGCCAACCAGAGAGGCUAAAAACCCUACUCAUCCUUUUAAUGGAAGCUGAAAUUCUCCCAUAAUCACAGGACUCCAGGAGCUGGGCCUUACAGAGAAGCACCAAAUAUCACGAGAUGCUCAGUAAAAGUGGCAGAAAUUGGCAGCUCUUGGCUCCCUCCAGGUUUGUUUGUGCUAAAAGGGAUCGUGUGGCCCCAGAGAGUCAGAGAGGUUAAGGCCAGAAGAGGCCAUUCGAUCACCAGCCUGACCUCCCGUAUAGCAUUGGCCACCAGCACCACCUGCUAGGCCCCCCCAAAAUGAGACCAACGUAUUACAGCCCACGGGAGACUGGGCUGUUACGUGCCACAGGCAGAGAACAGGCAGGACUGUGGCGGAGGCUCCAUCACAGGCAAUUUUGAAAUCAAGAUGGGAUGUUUUGCUCCAAGGUCUGCUCCUGCGGCAGGUCUCUGGCCCGUGCUGUACUCAGGGGCAGCCUGGGGGAUCCCUGGUCCCUUCUGCCCCGUGAAUCUAGGGCUGCCGAGCCCCGUCCCCCCGUCGGGGAACAGUCCAGGGGAUGCCCUGCUCUGCUCAGACAGCAAGGCCUCCUGGGCGAAUGUCCUGGUAUUUCUUCAGAACACAAAGCAGGAGUCACAUGGGCCAGGAGGGGGCCCAUGACUGAACCACUAGGCCUGAAUGUGCCCCACAUUGCCAGCCACAAAAUAGCUGCUGCUACCACAGGCUGUUGUGCAAGAACCGUUACAAUACUAGUAUUGGUGAAACAAUGCUUUGCACUAAGCCACCCACAUUGGGGGGGGGGGGGGAUUAGGAAUUGCAAUUCCCCUGCUCAGCUGGGCUGACCCCACUGGAUGCAACCUUUGCCACUUCUCAAUAAACCCAUGAGCCCGCAGUUUUCUUUCACCACUGAUUAGACACACUGUCCCCCGGGCGCUGGGCAGUGCGAUACAAAUCAGCCAGUCAAAGCGCUUGUUCUCCUCUCAGGGCACAGCUACUGCCCUGUCAGCCCAUCCUGUAACUGGUUGUAACACCCACCUUCUAGGAAGCCUUAAAUAAAAUGCAUUUCCUACCGA